UGGCGGUAAUGUUGUGUUUUACCAGUGAAUGUUUAGCACUAACUGCUGUGAGUUGUUUGUGAUAUUUUGACAGAGUAAAUUCACUCAAUAAUGUGCUUUAUUAGUCAUUAGCCUAGACGCUAAUUAGCGCUAGCUAACCGCUAACGUUAGCUUGUUAGCUUGUUUCGUUCUGCUUUGCUUUGCAUAGUAACAGGUCAUAGCAUCUUCCAAUUGUAAGAAUGUUUGCUUAUGUCAGCUCACACGUGAUAUUUUGUGUUUGUUUACAGUUUUACCAUUCAUCCAUUCAUGUAUUUCAACAAAGCCAUGCUAUGCAUCCAAUCAAAUAAAUCCACCAGAAAGGAACAACGGUGUGGUUUUUCUACAUGGGAUGAUGGUUGUCUGUCUGCCUAGUUAAGUGCGAGGGCAGAAUAGUAAAAAGACUUGGUGAAACGGCUACUUCAGGAGGCACAUUCUCCCAGACAUCUGACCCAGACGUGACUAUGCUGUCAGCAGAGGAGGAGCAGCUGGAGAUCCGGUCCACCUGCUCUGGAUCAACAUCCAGAUCCCGCAGCUCAUUCGCCAAAGCAGCAGUCGAAGCACGGGCAAAGGCCGAAGCGGCACGCGCCAGAGCAGAGUUUACACGACGGGAGAUUGAGGUGAAAAUGAGGCAAGCAGAGUUAAGUGCUACAUUAGAAGCACUAAAAGAAGAAAAGGAAGCAGAAGCUGCGCUUGCUGAAGCCAAUGUAUUCGAAGCAGCAAUAGCAGAGGAGGUAAGCGGGGAAAUGUGGUCAUCUCGUGUGUCAGAAAAACAAUAUGGGGAACCACGACAAAGUCAAGAGAACUCACAACCAGCGCUGAAUUCUCACACUCUACGCCAGCUUCCAGCUUUAACCCAGUCAUACAGACUGCAGAGUUAUCUUGGAUAUUCUUCACCAGAGCAUCGCAGAGAAGACUUGCUGGACCCUAAACACUUUACACCCAUAAAACAGUGUAACAUCAGUCCAAUCCCUGAUCCAGCCACUUCACCUCAAUACGUCCCACAGGUAAAUCAACAGGACAUCAAAGAUGAGAUCGGCAGCCAUCUGACACCAGCUGCUGAUACCCAAGAAAAAUGUGGCCAAAGGUAUGUAAGUACUACCCCUCAACCUAUGGGCUUUUCCCCUUACACGCCACCUUUCCAGCCAGCACAAUUCAACAACGGGAACAGUGAUUUUGCUAAUCUCGCUAAGUUUCUGGCAAAAAGAGAACUGGUGGCAGAUGGUCUGACUAAGUUUACGGACAGAGCAGAGGACUACUGGGCAUGGAGAGCUUCUUUCUGUAACGCUGUUGAAGGGUUAAGCUUAAAGCCUAGCGAACAGUUAGACUUGCUCACCCGGUGGCUUGGAGAAGAGUCGUCUAAGCAUGCCAAACGUAUACGCUCUGUCCAUCUCAACAAUCCAGCAGAGGGCCUACAUCGAGUUUGGACACGGCUACAAGAAUGUUAUGGCACUCCAGAGGCUAUUGAGAAGUCGCUCCUUGACAGACUUGAACGCUUUCCUAGAGUGUCAAACAAAGACCCCCAGAAUCUCAGAGAAAUUGGCGACCUACUUUCUGAAAUUGAUGCAGCCAAAUCAGACGGCUCUUUACCUGGGCUAGUGUAUUUGGACACAUCACGUGGCAUUGCCCCGAUAGUUGAUAAGUUGCCAACAAAUCUUCAAGACAGGUGGAUGUCAGAGGGGACUAAAUACAAGCAGAGACAUGAUGUAUAUUUCCCUCCAUUCUCAUUCUUCUGUCGCUUCAUACAAGAUGAAGCGAAAAUGAGAAAUGACCCCAGUUUUAAGUCUACUGUAUCAGGUCCCACAUCCUAUCCAACAACUCACGACAACCACUAUACAAGAUUUGUCAAGUCAAGACCGCCUGUUGCCGUCCACAAAACAGAAGUAAACAAAACUCACAAACCAAGCUUAGGCAGCAUGAGUGAGUUCACAAACAAACUGUGUCCCAUCCACAAGAAACCACACCCGUUAAAGAAGUGUAGAGGUUUCAGAGAAAAGACACUAGAUGAGCGUAAGGCAUACCUCAGAGAACACAACAUCUGUUUUAGGUGCUGCGAUUCCUCAGCUCACCAAGCUAAAGACUGUAAGGAAGAGAUUACUUGUCUAGAGUGCAACAGCAACAAACACGUUGCAGCACUGCAUGCAGGUCCAGCUCCAUGGACACAAAACACAAAGGCUCAAAACAUUGCCCCAGACCAGGACAGGGAGGAGCAUGGCGGGGAGAGUAGCCUAGACUUGGAGACUAGCUCAGCAUGCACUCAAGUUUGUGGGGACUUAGGUGGGGGGCGAUCCUGCUCAAAAAUAUGUCAAGCCUACAUUUAUCCAAAGGGGCAUCCAGACGAAAAAGUCAAGGUUUACGCUAUCAUAGAUGACCAGAGCAAUAGGUCAUUAGCGAAGUCAAAUCUUUUCGACACCUUUGGCAUCCCAAUGAGCAACCUAGUGCCAUACACACUUAAGACAUGUACAGGGGUUUCCACCACAAAUGGCCGCUUAGCUGAGAACCUCUUUAUACAGUCCGUUGAUGGCCAGUUCAGCUCUCCUCUGCCUUCUUUGCUCGAGUGUGACUCACUCCCAGACAACAAGAAUGAAAUCCCAACGCAAGAGAUUGCUCUAGCCCAUCCGCACCUCAAACACCUAGCAGGUCAUAUGCAGCCCCUAGACCCUGAGGCCGAGAUUAUGUUGCUGUUAGGCCGAGACAUAAUACAAGUGCACAAAGUGUAUGAACAAGUGAACGGACCAGUCAAUGCUCCAUUUGCCCAGAGACUUGCACUUGGGUGGGUUAUUGUAGGGGAUGUAUGCCUAGGGGGAGCCCAUAAGCCAGUCAUCAUAGGCACAUACAGAACGAGUGUUCUAGAGAACGGGCGUCCAAGUCUCCUAACACCCUGUCAGAACAGUUUUCAUGUCAAAGAGCAGCCACAGUCACACAACAAACCCUGGGACACUCACAGUUCAUGUCAAAUAGGGAAAUACAUAUUCCAGCAAAGUGAAAAGGACGAAGAGCUGGCGCCUUCCUAUGAGGACCAAGCCUUUCUGGAAAUUAUGGAAAGAGACUUUUACCAAGACGAUGCAAAUAGCUGGACAGCUCCACUUCCUUUCCGUACACCGAGAACCCGCCUCCCAAACAACAGAAACCAAGCACUCAGCCGCUUAGAGUCGCUGCGCCGCACAUUAAAUAAACGCCCUGAGAUGGAGAGACACUUUAUGGAUUUUAUGCAGGGGUUGUUUGACAGAGAUCACGCAGAACCAGCACCAGCUCUCGAAGAAGCAGAAGAAUGCUGGUAUCUGCCCUUCUUUGGCGUCUAUCAUCCGCAGAAGCCCGGGAACAUCAGGGUGGUGUUUGACUCAAGUGCUAAGUUUCAGGGAGUGUCCUUAAAUGAUGUGCUGCUCAAAGGUCCAAAUAUGAAUAACAGUCUGAUCGGGGUGCUCAUCCGUUUCAGAGAAGAAGCGGUGGCUGUCACAGCGGACAUACAACAAAUGUUCCACUGCUUUCAGGUGCGAGAAGACCACAGGAACUUCCUCCGGUUCCUUUGGUACCGCAACAAUGACCCAAGAGAGCCAGUUGUCGAGUACAGAAUGAAAGUGCAUGUGUUCGGCAACAGCCCUUCCCCAGCGGUGGCAAUUUUCAGUCUGAGAAAGGCGGCACACUUGUUCGACACACAGCACUAUUCUGAGGCCAGACAGUUUGUCCAAAGACAUUUCUAUGUCGACGAUGGACUCAAAUCCCUCCCUACUGAGUCAGAGGCAAUUAAGCUCCUCAAAGACACACAGGAGCUGCUCGCUGCGUCCAACCUGAGGCUCCACAAAAUAGCUUCAAACAGCCCAAAUGUCAUGAAAGCAUUCUCUACUGUAGACUUGGCAAGCGGGCUCAAGGACAUAGAUUUCAACACAGAGUUUCCUCCAAUGCAGAGAAGCCUAGGAGUAUGUUGGGACAUUGAAGGUGACACUUUCACAUUCAGAGUCUCUCAGACAGAGAAGCCUUACACGAAAAGAGGUGUCCUGUCCACUAUCAACAGCCUUUUUGACCCGCUGGGGUUUGCAGUGCCAGUGAGCAUCAAGGGGAGGGCACUGUUGCGGGAACUGACAAAAGAGACUUGUGGGUGGGAUGAGACUCUUCCAGAGGGCAUGUUCAAGGAGUGGUCAGAAUGGAAGAAUGCUCUCAAACAACUCGAGCAAAUCCAUAUCCCGAGGCCAUACUGCUCACUCUCCUUUCUUGGUGCGAAGCACAGAGAAAUCUGUGUCUUCUGUGAUGCAUCAACCCAGGCAAUUGCAGCUGUGGCUUACCUGAAGUUAACAACCAAAGAUAGUGAGACAGAGUUUGCGUUCGUAUUCGGGAAAGCCAAACUUGCCCCCAAGCCUGAUCUUACCAUUCCCAGGCUCGAGCUGUGUGCAUCGGUGUUAGCGGUGGAAGUUGGGGAGCUAAUCAGAGAUGAAAUGGACAUUCAGAUUAGUAACAUGCGCUUCUUCUCCGACAGCAAAGUCGUUCUUGGCUAUAUCUGCAAUGAGUCAAGAAGAUUUCACGUUUUUGUGAACAACCGGGUGCAAUGCAUCAGACGAGCAACAGAACCAACUCAGUGGAGCUAUGUACCUUCAGCGCACAACCCGGCCGAUCACGGAUCCAGAUCUCUACCUGCUGGAAAACUGUUGUCCAGCACAUGGUUGAAAGGGCCGGAGUUUCCCUUAAAGCCCCUAGAGAGCAACUCAUCAGAUACGUUUCAACUUCAAAACCCCGACUCGGACAUUGAAGUUCGUCCCUUGAUCACUGCCACCAUUCAAACAUCACGCCCCUGUUUAAAGACUGCAAACUUAGAAUCUUUCUCCAGCUGGCAGUCCCUUACCAGGGCAGUUGCACGUUUGGCGCACAUUGCACGCACCUUUAAGGAAAAGCAGGUGGACAAUGUAAGGGAUGGCAUAUAUGUCAUGAACUCACUACCUCAGAUUUUGAGCAAGCAAGAGAGACGGUUAUAAAAGCAGUCCAACGAGAAAGCUUCCCAGAGGAGCUCAAACAAAUGGAGUCAGGGAAGGACAUCCCAAAGAAAAGCCCCCUCUUAAAGCUUUCUCCCUACCUUGACAAAUCAGGCCUCUUGAGGCUUGGUGGACGCCUUCUUCAUUCUGACCUUGAGUCCGCAGAAAAACACCCCUUGAUUAUGCCGCACAAACACCAUGUAACUAACCUGUUAGUCCGCCACUACCAUGAAAGAGUCAGGCACCAGGGGCGUCAUCUUACAGAGGGUGCUUUAAGAUCCGCAGGUUACUGGGUCUUAGGAGGUAAACGCCAGAUCAGCAGCCUCAUUUACUCAUGUGUAGUUUGUCGCAAGCUAAGGGGAGUAACACAGUUCCAAAAAAUGUCAGAUCUUCCUGCAGAACGUCUUAGUGCUGAGCCUCCAUUCUCUUACGUAGGCAUAGAUGUGUUUGGGCCAUGGUCGGUUGCCUCUCGUCGUACUCGGGGCGGACUUGCCAGCAGCAAACGAUGGGCAGUGAUGUUCACCUGCAUGAGCACAAGGGCAGUUCACCUAGAGAUCAUAGAGGGGAUGGACACGUCUAGCUUCAUUAAAGCUCUCCGCAGGUUCUUUUCAGUCAGAGGACCUGCAAAGCAAUUGAGAUCGGACUGUGGAACUAACUUCAUAGGAGCCUCCAGGGAGCUAGGGUUUGACAAAAGGAUUCCUUGUGACCCACAUGUUAACUCCUUCCUAAAUGAUAAUGGAUGUAGUUGGGUCUUCAACCCUCCCUACUCUUCUCACAUGGGGGGCAGUUGGGAGCGGAUGAUAGGAGUGGCACGUAAGAUAUUAGACUCCCAGCUCGCUCAACUUGGUUCCAGGCCCCUCACGCACGACGUCCUGACCACCUUCAUGGCAGAGGUGGCCGCCAUCAUCAACGCACGGCCGCUGGUUCCAGUGUCAAAUGAUCCAGAUGUUCCGUGCAUCCUUACUCCCGCCACACUCCUCACGCAAAAAGUUGGUGCACCUCCAACACCCUCAGGCGACUUCGGUGAGAAGGACCUCUACAGGCAACAGUGGAAAAGAGUUCAGAGUCUGGCCAACUCUUUCUGGCAUCGCUGGCGUAAGGAGUACUUGUCAACACUACAAUGCCGCCGCAAGUGGCAUUCCACCAGACCAAACCUGCAGCAGGGGGAUGUGGUCCUCCUGAAAGAUCCUCUCGUGAAGAGGAAUCAGUGGCCCAUGGGGGUGAUUGCAAAGGUUCAUCCUAGUAGUGACGGACUUGUCAGGAAGGUAGAAGUCAAGGUGGUGAAAGAUGGCAAAGCCAAAGUUUACUUUAGGUCAGUCACGGACGUUGUUCUUCUUGUAUCAGAUGCUGUGCAACAAGUUUAGUUUGGUUCGAAGUGUGACAUCUUACUGAUGUCAGGCGGGGAGUGUUCUGGCUCCUUAAGAGUCGCCUCUCAUGGUAUGUAGUGUUUUAUAAGUUCAUGCAAUCUUUAUUUGUUUCUGGUACACUGUUCAUUUUAUUUUGACAUCCUACCGGAAGUGCUACUUCUCAUUACUUCCUGUCUAACGGGAGAAGGACGGUUUGCUACUGCUGUGCCUGCCUAUGCUGCCUCUUAAGCCAGCACAGUCUUUUUACCAUUCAUCCAUUCAUGUAUUUCAACAAAGCCAUGCUAUGCAUCCAAUCAAAUAAAUCCACCAGAAAGGAACAACGGUGUGGUUUUUCUACAUGGAAUGAUGGUUGUCUGUCUGCCUAGUUAAGUGCGAGGGCAGAAUACAGUGCAUGGCG